AAGCGCUUGGACUUCGUGCAUUCCAGAUUGUGAGGUUGGAAACGCAAUAAUUUAAGACCCAAUUUUAUUGAAAAUACGUUAUUGUCGUUGUUGGGGACCAGUACGUAAUGUUUAAGUUUGGUUUUUCGAGCGAUGAUCCUCAGGAAAAAACGGCUGUUUCGACUGAACAAGGGUUAAAUUGGCUCGAAAGUUACCAAAUUCGCCCCGAAAACGUGACUAUAACUGGCUUGAGCCCGAAUUCGUGUCUUUGUGGCGAAUUUGACGUUAAGUUUGUAUCAAAUAGGGAUGUUUUGAGUGUUUUGGAACAGGGGGGCACUAAUUCCCUUCUAAGCGCUGAAAAAAACCAUUCUGAUUUAAUUCCUGCUGUGUAUGAAGGGGGGCUGAAGGUCUGGGAAUGCACCUUUGACUUGGUGGAUUUUUUAGUCGAACAAAAAAUUGAUUUUGGGGGCAAGGACGUUCUGGAUUUGGGCUGUGGGGCUGGUAUUGCGGGGAUUUUGGCUUGUUUGAAGGGGGCACGGACAGUUUUUCAAGAUUAUAAUAUUGAAGUGAUAGAAUCGCUGACGAUUCCCAACGUUUAUUUAAACGGCUUAGAUUUGGCCAAUUGUGCGUUUUUUUGUGGCGAUUGGGGCUCAUUUCUCGACCUACAACUCAAAAGUGCGGCUAGGAAGUACGAUUUUAUUUUAACAUCAGAGACAAUCUACAACACAAACAAUUAUAAAAAAAUAUUGAGCAUCUUUAAACAGUUAUUAAAACCAACUGGAAUGAUUUUUUUGGCAGCCAAGUACCACUACUUUGGUGUGGGGGGCGGAAUCCCCCAAUUCGAAGACUUGUUAAAAAUGGAAGACGUUUUCACCCACACGAUAUGUUGGCAAAACUCUAGCGGUGUAAAACGGGCAAUAAUAAAAAUUUCUUUCAAAAACUAAGGUGCUAGUCUUUCAUAAACCCAUCCCUCGGCCCCUUCAUGGGUCAAAACCCCAUCAGCUUGCACCCCCUUCUUGAACCUGAUCCGGUCGUGGAUACGGUCCGUCUGACCUUGCCAGAAUUCGAUGGUAUGGGGGCGCACGAUGUACCCGCCCCAUUGUGGGGGCCGUGGCACUUGCCCCUCGCCGUACAGCCCCUUCAACUCUUGUUCUUUAUUAGCGAGAACGUUCCGGUUCACAAUCGGCUUGCUCUGGUUGCUA